AUGUAUCGUCAAGAUAUUCGUGGACAAGAAUAUGGUGAUGAACGAGAUCCGAAAAUGUAUGAAUUUCUUCAACGUAUAUCACCGUCAACAAAUGUACAUAAAAUUGAUAAACCAAUGUUAAUUGCUCAAGGUAUGAAUGAUCAUCAUGUACCAAUGAGUCAAUCUGACCAUAUAGUCGAAUAUAUUCGACGUAAUAAUGUGGAUGUUCAAUAUGUAAUUGGAAAAAAUGAAGGACAUGGUUUUAAUAAAAAAUCAAACAUCAUAGAUUUGUUUCAAAUUGAAAUUGCAUUUGUUAAAAAAAUAUUUGAUUUAUAA